AUGCGUAGGCAUAAGAUUCACAGCAAUGAUUUUUCGUUUAACGGACGCAUUGAAGUGAUUUUUGGGCCGAUGUUCUCUGGCAAAACGACAGAAUUGCUUCGCCGUCGUAGGCGACAUGCACUGGCGAAUCGCAGCUGCAAGGUUGUGAAGUAUGCGGGUGAUACACGCUACAGUGAUUGCAUGGUCACAACACACGAUCAGAUAAUGCAGGAUGCAAUAAGUGCAAGCAGAAUUGAGGAUGUAUUUGAAGAGCUUCUGAAAAACAAAGUCGUUUUAAUUGAUGAAGGCCAGUUCUUCCCUGACAUCGUUGAGUACAGCGAGCUUCUUGCGAAUCUUGGCAAAAUAGUCAUCGUUUCUUCGCUCGAUGGCGAUUUCAAAAGAGAAGAAUUUCAAAGCAAAAUACUGGACCUUUGCUCGCUGGCUGAAGACGUUGUUAAACUGAAGGCAGUUUGUACAGAAUGUAGUAACGAUGCCUCUUUUACUUGUCGGAUCAGUUCCGAAAAAAAG